AUGGAUCCCAAAACUACGUACUCAUGUGUUGAUGAUUCACGGCUACUGAUCAACCAUAGUAUGCUGGAUGAUAACAUUCCUCCAUUGAAGAAGAAGACUAGAUACUCAUCAUCAUUAGUUGCUUAUGAUUAUGAUAAUAUUCCAGCCGACAUUAUCUUAAACAUUCUUAUGGAACUCCCGGCCAAAUCUUUAUUGAGGUUCCGGUGUGUAUCAAAGGAUUGGCGGUGUAUCAUAGAAGAUCCUCAUUUUGUUUACAUGUACGGUCUCCGAUCACGUCACCGACGCGGUGGACUCAAGUUUCUGGCAAUGCAGAACAAGAAGAGGUCUAGGAAGAGGGGAAAUCACCAAAAUGAUCAACAUUUCUUGUUAGUUGAUCAAGAAGGAAACAAGACUGAGGUUCCGCAUCCAAUGGACGGCCAGACGUUGACGUAUGAUAGUUACAGUCAGGCAGGUGUGGAAGGCAUAAUAUGCCUAGAUAACAUGAUAUGGAAUCCUACUAUAAGAAAAAAAUUUGAUCUUCCGCCCCAAUGUCCUAACAUGUCCUUUAUUCGCAGCGGCUCUAAUGAACCUGAAAUUGAGAAUAUUUACUACUUAGGGUUUGAUUCACCAACUCAACAAUACAAGGUUUUAAGUAUUUGUGUUGGUUGCCCGAAGGAAUCAGAACUUGGAAACCGUUACAGCCAAGGUGGUUUGUUUCUCCAAGGGAUGUUUCAAAUGCAAGUCAUCACCAUAGAAGGAACUAAAUCGUCAUGGAGAGACAUCACUCACCAUAUUCCGGAGAAGGAGAUGAAGGACAUGACUCUGAUUGGGUACUCCACUAACCUCUACCUCAAGGAUGAGAUUUACAUUGUGGUGGGAUAUCCGGAACAUUUGGCUCUCAUGGUUUUCUCGGUUGGCCAAGAGACAUUUAGAUUUAUACACCUCCCAGAAGAAAUAACACAUGCAGAAUCAAAGUUCUGGAAUUUGAUUGAGGUCAGAGAAUGUGUUGCUCUAAUCAAGAUGAAUAACGACGAAAUCGCAGAUGCAACUGGGACAGAGAUUUGGAGGUUGAUCAACACUAAUACUAGUAGUAUUCAUAACAACGCUCCUGCUGCUAAAGAAGAUUGGGAAAAAAUCAUUUAUUCAACUUGGCCAAUAUAUCUAUACCAUCCAAAAAUCUCUAAUCCAGAAUUAGAACGAGAACCUGUUGUGCUUUGUGCUAUUAAUAGCACCCAGAAUCUCGUUGAAACGUUGGACGAGACGGCGACCAAGUUCUAUUACUCCUACUGGGACAUCACGCAAGGAAAUAUGAAAAAAGCCCGAAAGCUACAGAAGAUUCUUGGAUAUUACUCCAUCAUUUCUAAACACGUCGAAACAUUAUUCGAUCCCACAUCCCCAAAAAGUUGGGCAAAAGUAUAA